GCUACGUUGCUUCCUCCGAGCGGGGCCUAUACGCGCGGCUCCGCGCACUGUACCCGGUAAACAGGGACAUUUAAAUAGUUUAAAACAAUUAAGGUAAAUAGUCGCAGUUCUCACGCAUACUCGUUGUUGUUGUUGAUAUCGUCUCGGUCGGUGGCUCGCAUCCGUUGCGCUUCAAAGAAGUCACGGGAUGUGGUUAGCAGCACACAGAGGCACCGCCUCUGCCAGUGUUAAACGUCUAAGACUUUAAAGUAUUUGAGGCGAAUUAAUACGAUUUAGAAAUUGGGUGUCGCGACAAAAUAAAUGAUCUCGUUGGUUUCUUCAGUGUACAUUUCUCAUUUAAGUGGCACCUUAAUAGCAGCGUCGCUAUGUUGUAAUGUUAAAUAAUGUUUGACAAUUGUCACCAUAACUCGCGUUUUCCCAUAUUAAUAAAUUGUUCACAUUUUUGUUAGUGCUGUGUCCCCACAAGAUGAUUGAUAAACGUAGUGAAGUAGUUUGACAGCGUAUCCGUGUUGCAUUAGAAUCCAUAUACGUACUGAAUUACAUAAAUACACGUACGCACAUGUAUUAGAAUAUAUUUACAUAUACCUAAAUGGUGCAUAUAUUUGUGUGUGUGUAUAUACUGCACAUGUACGAAGUGAGGUCCAAUUGAGAUGGUCUAUUGCAGAGGAGACCUCAAAUAUUAAGUGGUUCACUGAGAGCGAUCGUCGCUGAAACGUAAACCAGGAGCGUAACAAACGUGAGAAAGCACAACUAUUUUAGAAUAUAUUACAAUAUUUACAAGCAUAAUACAUAUUUACGAUUCUCGACAUCUUAAUACGAAGCGACCAUGGAAGAAAAAUACAGCAGUAACGUGAUUUCCAGCGGCAAGCUGGGGUCGAUUGGGAGCAACCACAAUUCUGGGGUGGCAAGGUACAUCGUGUUGUUGGCCAUUGCGAAGUUGUUGAAAUGUAUUGGCCUCUUCGAAGCCUACGACCUGCUGAGGGUGGUCAACAUUGUCCAGUUUGUGUUCUUGGUCAAGUUCGGGUCUGCAGCUUUUUUGCUGUUCUUCCAAAAGCCGUUCUCUUCUGGCAAAAGGAUCACUCGGAGACAGUGGGUGAAGAUUGUCCGAAACGCAUUCUUUGGUUGUGUCGUGUCGCUGCUGUGGUUUUACGGCCUUGCACUUUGUGGACCCUUGAGGACCAUUUUGCUGUUUGAACACAGUGACCUCCUGGUGCUAUCGCUGCUCACCACUCUCUUCACAAGCUCCACCGGGAGCCCUGCUAAGACCAGAGGAUCUGUAUUAUUCAUCAUCGGCGUCAUCUGCCUGUUAUUGUUCGACAACGAUGACCUCAUGGCUAAAAUUGCAGAGCAUCCUGAAGACCAUCACGACAGUGCCUUGACCCAUGCGCUGCAUACUGCCAUUUCUCUUCUGGGUCUGGCAGAUCACAAGGGUGGGGUGCUGCUGCUGGUGCUGACGCUGCUGCUCAAGGUCGGCUACCACGUGGCCUCGCGCAAGCUCUCGAUAGAGGUGGGGGGCAGCAAGCGCCUCAACGCCCUCUCCACGUUGGUGUCGGCCGGCCUGCUGCUGCCCUGGGCGCUCGUGCUGUCAUCCACCACGGAGAACAAGGUCGGCUCGUGGAGCCAGCUGCUGUGGCCACUGCUGGUGGUGGUGUUCACCGUGUGCGUGCUGGACUACUACGCGGACGCGGUGUGCGUCGCCAAGUUGGAGAACGCGCGCUGCACCCGUCUCAGCGCCGUCUUCCUGGUGCCGUGCGCGCUGGCACUCGCAUGGCUCUGGGGGCACCCGCUCGCCGACACGCUGCGGCCCUUUGAGCGGCCCGCAGGCCCUGGCGACACGGAGCACGUACUGUCUGGAGGCGUGGCCGUCAGCGCCACCUUCUUCCUCAUAGCCACCGCCAUCCUGUCGUCGCCGAGCAAGCGGGGGCAGAAGGGCAGCUUCGUGGGCUACUCCCCCGAGGGCACGCCGCUCUACAACUUCAUGGGGGAUGCCCUGCAGCACACGUCGCACUCCCUGCCACGCUUCAUCAAGGACUGCCUCAAGCAGAUCCUGGAGGAGUACGACUCUCGCCAGAUCUUCUACUUCCUCUGCCUCAAUCUGAUGUUCACCUUUGUAGAGCUGUUUUACGGAGUGUGGACCAACAGCCUGGGCCUCAUAUCGGACGGCUUCCACAUGCUGUUUGACUGCUCGGCACUUGUGCUGGGCCUCUUCGCAGCCCUCAUGACACGCUGGAAGCCCACUCGCAUCUUCUCUUAUGGCUAUGGACGAGUGGAGAUCCUGUCGGGGUUCGUGAACGGCCUCUUCCUCAUGGUCAUCGCCUUCUUCGUGUUUCUGGAGUCGAUCGGGCGCCUCGUCGACCCCCCGCACAUCAACACAGACAUGCUCACCCCCGUCUCGGUGGCUGGGCUCCUGGUCAACCUGGUGGGCAUCUGCGCCUUCAGCCACGCGCACAGCCACGCCCACGGCCGCGCCGGAGGCUGCUCGGGCCACCAGGAGCACGGUCACUCGCACUCGGAGCACCACGGCCAUGCCCACUCGGACCACGGGCACGGGCACAGUCACGGCCAUGGCCACUCGCAUGGGCAGAGUGGCGGCGGCGGCGGUGGUAUUGGUGGUGGCCUCAACGCCAAUAUGAGAGGCGUAUUCCUGCACGUCCUCGCCGACACACUGGGCAGCGUGGGCGUCAUCGUCUCGUCGCUGCUCAUCAGGCAGUUCGGGUGGCUGGCCGCUGACCCCAUCUGCUCGCUGUUCAUCUCGGUGCUCAUCUUCCUGAGCGUGGUGCCACUGCUGCGAGACUCGUGCCGUGUGCUCGUCCUCCGUUGCCCCCCAGAGUGCGAACGCGAGCUCGCCAACGGCCUCAACAAGGUGCUGAACGUGGACGGCGUGCUCUCCUACCGUAACCCCUACUUCUGGAGGCACUCGGCUGCAGUUGUGGCGGGCACAUUACACGUGCAGGUGCAGGUGGGAGUCGUGGAGCAGCGGGUCGUGCAGCAGGUGACGGCCGUCUUCAAGGAGUGCGGGGUGUCGAACAUGACGGUGCAGGUGGAGAAGGAGGAGUACUUCCAGCACAUGUCCGGCCUGGGCGCCGGCUACCGCGAAGUCAUCGCGCUCACGCAGCAGAUGGAUGCCCUGGGCACACUCAAGGACGGAACCACCAUCAUGUGACAUGUGAUGAAAGUUCUUGGGAAGGAGGGGGGGGAUGUCUCUCGUUGCAGGAUGCAGCGACAACGUCGAAGUGGCUUUCCCGGCUCAAACGAACGUUGGUUUGUGGGGAGCGCGGGCAUUUUGGGGGGCGCUCUUAUCUCCAUUGGCAGCACUUGAGCUAACGUUAUAAAUUCCACAUUCCUAUGGUGGGAGUCAAGUUUAUCCACAGGGCAAAUGCUGUUCAUUUAUCGCGUCACAGUGAUUAGGCAUGUAACGAUUUGCCUGCCUUGCAAUUUUAUGAAGAUCACAAUUUAAUUCAGGAUCUUUUUUUUUUACAUCAUGGUGAUUGUAGCACCUCUAGUGGCUGCAGAAAUCACGUGAACCAGUUGCAAGUUGACAAUAACUUGUUCUCACGCACAGGAUUUAAUGCAUGUUCUGUGAGUGCAAGAAACUAUGUUUGACGAAUCGUUACAUGCCUAGAGGUGAUAUUUAUUUUAUCGUCCCAGUGGUGACGGUGAACCCAGUGUGUGACCCCUGACUGCCAUUUGAAUUCACGACCUUCCCCAAUUGCGAACUCGAGUGUUAACCAAACAAGCCAAGGGCAAUGCCAAGAAAGCUGCAGCUCACUCAACAGUUCCGCUCAAAUUUCUUCAAGCGCAACUAAAGGGUUUCUACGAUUAACCGCGCAGUAAUGCCAUGGCGCCUUCACCGAGAAGUCCACAAUGGUCCACGGGAACGCUAAGAAUUGUUUUUACCCCCAAACCUUGCUAAGCGUUGCUGUUACACAAGAGUCUGUGUUUGUCCUCGCCUGCAUAUGGGUAUCGCCCCUAACCAAUGUGCGUGUAUUUUAAUGUGCAAAAUAGACCAUCCUACUCUUAUCUAAUGUUUGGUUAUCAAAAUGCUGAACCGUCUGGUGUAAAUAAAAUGUUGGAUCACUUCACCGGC